AUGGUGGUGCAGUAUUGCGUGUACAACAUGGAGGUGAUCCUCAACCCAGACGAGUCGCAGCGCAAGAACACCGUUUUCAGAGAAGACUACGGGAACAUGUGGGAAAUAUCAAGGCGUUACAGCGAAUUCCACGCGCUGGACCGCAUCAUCCGGUCAUUCUAUCCGGAGAAACUGCCGCUGCCGGAGAAAACGGCCGUUCGAAACACAACGCAGAAGCACAUCGAGGAGCGACGCAGGGCGCUCGGCGUCUACAUGCAGGCGCUACUUGAGAACAAGCUGAUGCAUCUUGACCAGCGCUGCGUGGCCGCUGUCCUCCUCUUCCUCCAAAAGGACGGAACAAAAUUCCGCCGACUUGCACGUGGACAAAUCAACAUUUCCCGAUUCGUCGGCUCCCACGAACCGCGGACAGGAUCAGAGGUGCGUACGAUCUUCCGCACGCGUGCGAAUGCGCCUCUGCUGGACGGGUGUCUCGGCGUCGCCCGGCACCUGUUCCUGCCCACGCUCGAUGACGCAAUCCAGCGGUUCAUCACGGUCCAGUUGAACAACCUGCUGUGUGAAGGGAGCGUGACGGAAGACAUUGCGAUCCUGCACGAGGUGUUGUUCGGGGAAAUCCCGCCCGAACGCACACACGAUGAAAUGGCUGAAGAUGAAGCAAAGGCGCGCAAACUUCUCAAGGACCUCCUACCAGCUGCACUGCGGCGGGUGAUGGGCGACGACUGCUGCGAUGAUUCCAUCGAUGCGCUGCUCGGAUACCUCCACUCCUCCGUCCUCAACUGCCAGCUGAUGUGCCGCAUCUUGGACGCGUUCUUUGAGCUGUUGUUCCCUGAACUCUCAACAACACCCGAGCACAGGCACAACACAUGACAGCACGGUGUUGCGACCCCAUCCCCUAUUCCUCGAUCUUUAGCUCAAACACACGCCAGUCAUCGCCUUCACCUCUAGCUCACCGCAACUCGAGUGUUGCAACUGCUGUUGGUUCAUUCAUUCGCAUCAACUGUUCUUGCCAGUAAACGACCAUUGCACCGGAA